AUGCAGUCUGUAUCCGAGACCAAGGCACUUAGGAUGCCCGAAAUCAUAACAUGCAUCCUAAACCAAGCCGACAUAUGCACCCUAAUGACCGCGCAAUUGGUAUGCCACAUGUGGAAAGACCUAAUUGACGAAACACCCUCUCUCCAACAAGCUCUAUUCUUCCUCCCAUCUAGCAUACCAAGUAAUUGCGCAGAACGAACCUUGAACCCUCUCCUAGCAGAGACAUUCCACUCGUUCUUCCCAAGAAAAAUGCCCCAAGCCGAUCCCGCCGAGGUCCUAGUCAUCGACCUACAAGCCCUGGACCUGGUCAAAGAAAGCAAGAAAGAAGCAUACUUCCGUCCUGAAGCAAGCUGGCGCCGAAUGCUGACGCACCAACCGCCCAUGCGCAAUAUCGGCUAUUUUGAAGACGCCACGACUCCAUUUGGUUGGGGAUGGGGACAAUCUCGGACAUUUGUUGAGAACGGGCUGCGAAUGGGGCCGCUACUCGAUACGGUAAUUGAUAGAAGUCGAUGGAAAUUAAAUCAUGGAUGGUUUUCUGUCUUCUUGGGGGGGUUGGAGCCUGUUAAUCUCGAUCCUUUUUGGUUGAAGCCGGGCCCGAAUAGGUCGACGCUUGAGGGGCCGAAGGUGGCGUAUGGCGAGAUGGUGGAGUUUGAGCUUGUGAUUCAUGCUGGGUCGGGGAGUACUUGUGUAGAUCCGGACGAGGAUGAUGAGGAAUAUUACAAGACUGAAAACGAGAUUGCAUGGGAGGAAAUUCGAAAGGAGUAUGAGAGGGCUGGAAUGGUGAUAUCUGGAUUGAACAUGGAAAAAUAUAAGGAGGGUUCGGAGAUGUGGGACUAG